AUGAACAUGGACGAGGAGCAGCUCGAUCGCUUCCGCAAAGAGAACCUCAAAUUCCUCUUCCACAUGUACGACUCGGACCACGACGGGAAGAUCACGCUGGAGGAGUACAGAAACGGGCCGGACCAGGUGUAUGAGGGCAUCACCUUCGAAGACUUCCUCAAGAUGUGGCAGGGCAUCGACAUCGAAACCAAGAUCCACGUCCGCUUCCUCAACAUGGAGCCCAUUGCGCACUGCUACUGA